AAGGAACCUUUUGCUUACAGUGGUAGUUCGAUCGAAUUCCACAACAAGGUGGGGGGAGCGAUUAGAGAAAGAGGAGGAGAGAGCGGAGAGAGAGGCGCAACAGGAGAGGAGAAGCAGUUGAGGUUUUGGCAGGUCCUCGGGAAAUCAACAGCCCCGAGUUUCUCCCAUUCACGUGAGGACACUUACCAGCUUCUAUCUCCCGAGGAAUCCCAUUACGUUUUCGUUGUGUUAUGUGCGACUUGUAAAUACUAAAGCUAUCAAACAAGAUCCGGACGUAGAUCUUUGUAUGGAUAAAAACUUCUGUUCGGAAAACCCUGUCUCACCUACAGUAGGUUCUCUAUUGGAAUACGGAGGAUUUUAGCGCGCAGUGGAAAACCGUAACAAAUAAGGAUUUUAGCAGUCGUUUGUAUCACGAGGUACUCUGUACGAAUGGUAAAUCCAGAGUUGUGGAUAUGUACCAAGGCAUAGCAAUGACGACUAACCAUGGAGCCCCGUCUUACGAAUCCAGAUUCAUGCACAGUGCCGCAGCUACUUCGCCCGUCUUCGUGCCAACCACCCGGGCUACACCCAUGAUCCCCGCGUUGCCUUAUCUGCAGCCACACGCGGCCUCUCAACAAAACAGUCCGGUUUGCAGCCACUCUGGCUGGGCACAGAGCACAGAGGAACCGGUCCCUUCUUACACCACUGGCGGGUCUCAUCAGUCCACCAUGUCUCCACGCUUUACCUUUUCCACAAGUCCACCCAUCUCUGCUGCAGUCGCUGCAGUCCGGGAUAACGCGACAUACCCCAGCCCUCUGAACAUCUCUGCCAACGGCAGGGAACAAUACGGGACAAGGGGACUCGGCGGGUCUUACCACAGUCCGUACCCAGCCUAUGUGAGUCCUAGUAUGGGGGGUGGUUGGACCACGUCUCCCUUUGACAGUUCUGUGCUCCACAGUCUACAGCCCGGAGGAGCGCCGGGGACAGCCAGGCACCCUAGCAUAGACCUGUUUGAUGACUUUGCUGAGGGGCGGGAGUGUGUGAACUGCGGUGCCAUGUCCACUCCACUCUGGCGGCGCGAUGGCACGGGGCAUUACCUCUGCAAUGCCUGUGGACUCUACCACAAGAUGAACGGCAUAAACCGACCCCUCAUCAAGCCGCAGCGUCGUCUGUCUGCCUCCAGAAGAGUGGGCCUGUCUUGCACCAACUGUCACACCACCACCACCACCCUGUGGCGCCGCAAUGCGGAGGGAGAGCCUGUGUGCAAUGCGUGUGGACUUUACAUGAAACUGCAUGGGGUUCCGCGGCCGCUGGCAAUGAAGAAGGAAGGGAUCCAAACCCGCAAGCGCAAACCGAAGAACCUCAAUAAAGCCAAGCCAGCAGGGCUGCUCAGCGCAGACACCCGCACCCCUAGCACUCCUACUGCAAACUCCAGCACACAAGAGUUACUCCCAAUCAAAAUUGAGCCUGGGACCACUCCCCAGUAUGCACAACACAGCACUCACCAUCAGGCUUCAUCUUCCCAUGGUUAUAUGGCCGUCAAUAGCAGCGCCUCUUCUCUUAAGCUGUCACCCGUAAGUCAUGCGGUGACCUCAGGUUCCAAAACUGAGCCCUGGAACAGCCUGGUUCUGGCCUAGAAGAGCUCCGCAUUUAUGGAAACAGCUGGACAGAUACCCGUGCACAAACACAGCCCAGGAGUAGGAGCACCAAAGGAGAAUUCAGAUGGAUCAACGUCAAUGUUUGUAAAUUGUUUCACCUUUCCAUUGAUACCGAGUCUUCAGUGGGUGUCAGCAAACUUUCAUACACUGAUGUACACAUUUCAAUUUUGUUGUGAUGUAGCGUGAAGACACCUUUUUUUUACAAAAUUUAAAAUUCCUCUUUUCUUCUGUGGAAGUUGAGCCCCAGACCUUCUUACAAAUGCCUUUUUUGACAUUCAAUACAAAUUUCUAUUUUUUAAAACUGCUACUGUAUUUAUUCCACGUUAUUCAAGAGUCCUGGACAGCCCAUGAGCCUGAUACACAGACAAAUUACAAAAAUUUGUUUUGUAAACGUACAUUCCAAAAGAUUGUUCGUUGGUUUUGAAUUGAAACAAUCCAAUUUAAUUAGGAAUUUAACAGUUUAACAUUCCUAAUAGUAAAUGGAAUAGAGUUCCACAGAUAGCAGGGAAAUUAGUUGAAAAAUCUGGGCUCAGAUUAUUCUGUUUUGGAACAACCAAUAAAUAUACCAUUUUUAAUUUAAGGAAUAAUGUGUAACAUCUAGAAAUAGGAGCUUUAAGUCAGUGGAUACUAGUUUGUGGAGAACUUUAAAGUAUAUAGCACCUGCAGCCCUGCAGUGAGUACAAAAAUAAUCCUGAAAUACAUACGGUAUAUUGUUUAACAUUUUAAUUUUAUGCUUUCACUAUGCCAGUCCAAUGCUACUAUGUGUUCAAUAGCCUAAGUGUGGCAACUAAACAAGUUCUUUUAUUUGGAAAGGAAUCUAGGCACAGAACAAGAGCAACCAGUACAGCCAUUAAGACGAAUAAUUUCAUAACUGCUUUACACAGAGGUACUAAAAGCAUUAGUGGCGUUUUGGCUUUUACUUAAUGGAAAAGAUAGAUACUGGAACAUUAUUGCAGUUGAAGCAUAUUCCAAAUUUAAUCUUUAUUGACACCGACUUGCGAUUACGAUUCCUGAGUCCUGAACACUGGUGAGGAGGUAGCAGUUGUUCCAUAUAAUUAUGCCUUUGCAUUGACGCUGCAAUCCAGCACUUCAGGGAAGUCAUAAGCAACAAUGUUUGUGUUCCCAGUAACCGCAGUCCACAGCUCAUCCUCAAAAAAAGUGGAAAAAACAUACUAUAUGUUCAACAGUACUGGAAGGCAGCGUCUUUGCAUUGCUCUUCAUCUGCCUCUCCUGAAAUAAAGUGUGGCCAUCUUGACUACACAAACAAUUCACAUUGUUUUUUUCAUUUUUUCACCUCCCAAGGUAUACGAAGAUAUUUUUCAGAUAUUAAGUUAUUUUAUAUGAACAUCUAACAAUAAAAUAAGAAAAAAGGAAUGAAUUUUAAACUGGAACUCGCAGGGACCAGGAUGCAGAUCAGUCCUGGGUACUGCACCACUACCUUCCUGUUGAAAAGGAUGCAACAUGAUCUGUUCAAAGUGAGUGUGAAGAUGCAAAACCUCUCACAUGUUUCUUCCAACAGAGGAACAUAAGAACACAAGAAAUGCUAUAAACAAAAGAUAAGAUGAUUGGUAUCUAUCAAUUCUUUUAUUUCCUCUAGCUGCUUUUUGUGAGAAGCCAGGGUAGCAGCUUCAACAACAUGGCUGGGUUGCUCGUCCCAUACUCCCACAAGCCUUUGUAUAAAAGAGUGACUUCUAAACUCAGUCUUAACGCUACUUCCCCUGAACUUCCACUUCCAUUCUCUUUGGAUUAUGUGACACAGCCAAAGUGAGACAGGGUAAUGCAAAGAACACUGAAUUAAAAGCAGUCCUUUUAAUUAGAUGAUAUAUUUUGCUCACGAUGUUUGUUGUCAUGUUUAUGUAUUUUAACCAUUUGCAGUACCUGCCAUGUUUUAAAAAUGAAUAUGUAGUAGAGUGGUUUAUGGCAGGUAUAGAAUAAUGGAGUAUUUAUAUUAUGUAAUGAUUUAAAUUACAUAACAGCAUUUUUAUUUUUGCGUAUGUCAUAACAGAAAUUAAAUGUUUCAGAAGA